CGAGACGGAGGGAGGCCAACUCACACUGAGUGGCUUCCGCGGAGCAGUGUGUAAUCUCACGAAAGCUUUCAAUGUCAAAUUACAAGUGAGGGUAGGCGCCCGACGCAGCAAAACUGUGGGCCCUUCGAGAUCCUUAAAGGGGAGUCCUGCAACUUGCACAGCUUUUAAACCUCCGAGACACGCUCCCACACUUCUUCCAAGAGAAAGGCGAGAGAGGGGAUGGAAGCCGCCUGCUUUGUGCAGGCACUCAAGGAAGAAAGUCUCCAGGGUCUCCGAGGCGUCCACAGGGCUGGCUCGGCUUCAAAGAGGGCAAAGAACCGUUAAAAAGUUGUGCUUCCGGCUCCAGCGCCCGCGCCUACCCGAAGGGUGAAGGGGGAGCCUCGGUACGGAGCGUCGCAAGGCACAAUUUCCUUCGCCCUGGACGCCCAGAGGGUGCGCCGACGCGCGUAACCCAGAAGUGAAAGGCCGGUUCCCUCAGGUAGUAGACCUCCUCGCCCUCACCGGGGGAAGUUCCGGCCGGACGCCUUUUACCCAAGCUUUCUGGUUCCUCCUGAGCUCUACGCUCCCUGCGUUCUGGUGCCCUAACUGCCAUGGCCGCUUAGAUUCAAUCCUCUCUGCCUAGCCUGAGUUUUGCCGCAACUCGCCGGGGGCCCGGCUCCGGCCUGGCCGCCCUUUUCUUAAAGAACCUUUCCCUACGGGUCCCCAUCAAGGCCAAUUGACGUUCUCCGAGGAGGCAAGAGCUCCAGGGACUGGCAGGUCCCGAAUCCGUCGCAGCCAGGGCGGCGCCUGCGCCGGGCGUUACCAUAGAGAAGCGGGCGCCUCUCUGCUCUCGGUUUACACACUCUAUGGUCCAGCCGGGUCGUGGCGAAUGGACCGCUGAGCUAUGAAGUGUUUCAGACCCAGGAGGAGAGCGCCAGUCUGCCACUCACUCCUUUCUCCCCUACUAGUUAUUUAAAUUGGACUUUUAAUAUCCUCCCAGCUGCUCUUCAGCCACACAUGGUGCAUUGCUGCCAUUCCCCGGAUUGCAUCUUUGACACACAGGCUCUUAGUAACCUUCAGCAAACAAAGAGGCCGCCUCCGGAGGCCGCUCACGGGGAGGGCGUCACCCCCACCGCCCCCUAGCUUCGGUGGCUCUGGAUUGGAGUUCCGCCAUGGAGCCUCGCAUGGAGGCCUGCCUCGCACAGGUGCUGCAGAAGGAUGUGGGGAAGCGACUGCAGGUUGGCCAAGAGCUGAUAGACUAUUUCUCAGACAAACAGAAGUCUGCCGACCUCGAGCAUGACCAGACCAUGUUAGACAAACUUGUGGAUGGACUCGCUACCUCUUGGGUGAACUCCAGCAAUUAUAAGGUGGUUCUCCUGGGCAUGGACAUCCUGUCCGCGUUGGUCACCCGGCUGCAGGAUCGGUUCAAGGCGCAGAUCGGUACAGUGCUGCCAAGUUUAAUAGACAGACUGGGAGAUGCUAAAGACUCUGUGAGGGAGCAAGACCAGGCCCUGCUGCUGAAGAUCAUGGAUCAGGCUGCUAAUCCCCAGUACGUGUGGGACCGGAUGCUGGGCGGCUUCAAGCACAAGAACUUCCGCACCCGGGAAGGCACGUGUCUCUGCCUCGUGGCCACCCUCAACGCCUCUGGAGCACAUACGUUAACACUAAGCAAGAUCGUGCCACAUAUAUGUAACCUACUAGGAGAUCCCAACAGCCAGGUUCGAGAUGCAGCAAUAAACAGCUUAGUGGAAAUUUACAGACAUGUAGGAGAACGUGUGAGGGCAGAUCUCAGUAAAAAAGGAUUGCCACAGUCCCGGUUGAAUGUAAUUUUUACAAAAUUUGAUGAAGUCCAAAAAUCUGGAAACAUGAUACAAUCUGCGAAUGAUAAAAAUUUUGAUGAUGAAGAUUCUGUGGAUGGUAAUAGACCUUCUUCCGCCAGCUCUACGUCGUCCAAAGCUCCAGCAAGCUCACGGAGAAACGUUGGAAUGGGCACCACCCGGAGGCUCGGCUCCUCCUCUCUGGGAUCCAAGUCUUCAGCUGCAAAAGAAGGAGCUGGUGCUGUUGAUGAAGAGGAUUUUAUUAAAGCAUUUGACGAUGUGCCUGUAGUCCAGAUUUAUUCCAGCCGAGACCUUGAGGAGUCCAUAAACAAGAUUAGGGAAAUACUAUCUGAUGACAAGCAUGAUUGGGAGCAAAGAGUAAAUGCUCUAAAAAAGAUUAGAUCUUUACUCUUGGCUGGUGCUGCCGAGUAUGAUAACUUCUUCCAGCACUUACGGCUUUUGGACGGAGCCUUUAAACUGUCGGCUAAGGACCUACGGUCUCAGGUUGUGCGGGAGGCUUGUAUCACGCUGGGGCACCUGUCGUCAGUACUGGGGAAUAAGUUUGACCACGGCGCUGAAGCCAUCAUGCCAACCAUCUUUAAUUUAAUCCCAAACAGUGCCAAAAUCAUGGCCACCUCGGGGGUUGUAGCUGUCAGGCUAAUCAUUCGGCACACACACAUCCCGAGGCUAAUCCCCGUCAUAACAAGCAACUGCACCUCCAAGUCUGUUGCAGUUAGAAGGCGCUGCUUUGAAUUUUUAGAUCUACUUUUACAAGAAUGGCAGACACAUUCAUUGGAACGACACAUAUCAGUAUUAGCUGAAACGAUAAAGAAGGGAAUACAUGAUGCUGAUUCAGAAGCAAGGAUAGAAGCCAGAAAGUGUUACUGGGGUUUCCACAGUCACUUCAGCAGGGAGGCAGAGCACCUGUACCACACGCUGGAGUCCUCCUACCAGAAGGCCCUGCAGACCCACCUCAAGAGCUCGGACAGCGUGGUGUCGCUGCCGCAGUCGGACCGCUCGUCCUCCAGCUCCCAGGAGAGCCUCAAUCGGCCGCUCUCUGCCAAAAGAAGUCCUACUGGCAGCACCACCUCCAGAGCUUCCACGGUCAGCACCAAGUCCGCAUCCACCGCGGGGUCCCUGCAGCGGUCUCGAAGCGACAUCGACGUGAACGCGGCCGCCAGCGCCAAAUCCAAGAUCUCCUCGGCUGCCGGCACAGCGCCCUUCAGCUCGGCCGCGGCCUUACCUCCGGGCUCAUAUGCGUCCUUAGAGUCCAGACACACAAGGGGAGACAUGGAGCCCCUAGGCCUCGACUCAGGCCGGAUCCGCACGCGACGGCAGAGCUCCGGGAGCGCCACCAACGUCGCCUCUACACCGGACAGUCGGGGCCGCAGUCGCGCCAAAGUGGUCUCACAGUCCCAGCGAUCCAGAUCUGCUAAUCCUGCUGGUGCUGGCAGCCGAUCCAGUUCCCCAGGGAAAUUGUUGGGAAGUGGUUAUAGUGGCCUUGCUGGGGGUUCCUCAAGAGGCCCACCUGUGACGCCCUCUUCAGAAAAACGAAGCAAGAUUCCCAGGAGUCAGGGGUGUAGUCGAGAAACAAGUCCAAGCCGCGUAGGAUUAGCACGGAGCAGCCGUAUCCCUCGACCCAGCACGAGUCAGGGGUGCAGCCGCGAUGCCAGCCGUGAGAGCAGCCGGGAUACGAGCCCUGCUCGGGGCUUCACGCCGCUCGCCUCUCGACGUCAUUCCAGGUCCACUAGUGCUCUCGCCACGGCUGACUCUGUGGGGCCGUCAGACCGCUUUGGGCUCGGCCAGGCAGGAAGAAUUCCUGGUUCUGUGAACGCCAUGCGGGUUCUGAGCACCAGUACAGAUCUGGAAGCUGCUGUUGCUGAUGCUUUGCUGUUAGGAGACUCCAGGAGCAAGAAGAAGCCUGUGAGGAGGAGAUACGAGCCCUACGGGAUGUACUCUGAUGAUGACGCCAACAGUGACGCCUCUAGCGUGUGCUCCGAGCGCUCCUACGGCUCCCGGAACGGGGGUAUCCCCCACUACCUGCGCCAGACUGAGGAUGUGGCCGAGGUGCUCAACCACUGUGCCAGCUCCAACUGGUCUGAGAGGAAGGAAGGGCUUCUGGGUCUGCAGAACCUGCUCAAGAGCCAGAGGACGCUGAGUCGAGUAGAAUUGAAACGAUUGUGUGAGAUUUUCACCCGAAUGUUUGCUGACCCUCACAGCAAGAGAGUUUUCAGUAUGUUUUUGGAGACUCUUGUGGAUUUUAUAAUAAUUCAUAAGGAUGACUUGCAAGACUGGCUUUUUGUUCUUCUCACACAAUUACUGAAGAAAAUGGGAGCGGAUUUACUUGGAUCUGUGCAAGCAAAAGUUCAGAAGGCUCUUGAUGUCACAAGGGACUCCUUUCCAUUUGAUCAACAAUUUAACAUUUUGAUGCGAUUUAUUGUGGAUCAGACUCAAACUCCUAACCUCAAGGUCAAAGUUGCAAUCCUGAAGUACAUUGAGUCUCUCGCCAGGCAGAUGGACCCAACAGAUUUCGUAAACUCUAGUGAGACAAGGCUUGCUGUUUCUAGAAUUAUAACCUGGACAACAGAACCAAAGAGUUCAGACGUGAGAAAGGCAGCACAAAUUGUGCUCAUCUCUCUGUUUGAAUUGAACACUCCUGAAUUUACCAUGUUACUUGGUGCCUUGCCAAAAACAUUCCAGGAUGGUGCCACCAAACUCCUGCAUAACCACCUCAAGAAUUCCAGUAACACCAGUGUGGGCUCUCCAAGCAACACCAUUGGCCGGACUCCCUCCCGACACCCCAGCAGCCGGACCAGCCCCCUGACCUCACCCACCAACUGCUCCCACGGCGGCCUGUCUCCAAGCAUGCUGGACUAUGAUACAGAAAAUCUGAACUCUGAAGAAAUCUAUAGUUCUUUGCGUGGAGUGACAGAAGCCAUUGAGAAGUUUAGUUUUCGAAGCCAAGAGGAUCUGAAUGAGCCCAUUAAAAGAGAUGGCAGAAAGGACUGCGAUAUUGUGUCCCGUGAUGGUGGCAUCGCCUCCCCCGCCACGGAGGGCCGGGGCGGCAGCGAGGUGGUGGAAGGAGGCCGGACGGCUCUGGACAACAAGACCUCCCUCCUCAACACGCAGCCCCCUCGCGCCUUCCCGGGGCCGCGGGCGCGGGACUACAGCCCCUACCCCUACUCGGACACCAUCAGCGCCUACGACAAGACCGCCCUGAAGGAGGCCGUGUUCGACGACGACAUGGAGCAGCUGCGAGAUGUGCCCAUUGACCACUCGGACCUGGUGGCAGACCUCCUGAAGGAGCUGUCCAACCACAACGAGCGCGUGGAGGAGCGGAAGGGCGCGCUGCUGGAGCUGCUCAAGAUCACGCGCGAGGACAGCCUGGGCGUCUGGGAGGAGCACUUCAAGACCAUCCUGCUGCUGCUGCUCGAGACCCUCGGGGACAAGGACCAUUCCAUCCGAGCACUGGCUCUCAGAGUGUUGCGGGAAAUCCUGAGAAACCAGCCAGCGAGGUUUAAAAACUACGCGGAGCUGACGAUCAUGAAGACCCUGGAGGCCCACAAAGACUCCCACAAGGAGGUGGUGAGGGCUGCCGAAGAGGCCGCAUCCACGCUGGCCAGUUCCAUCCACCCAGAGCAGUGCAUCAAAGUGCUGUGCCCCAUCGUCCAGACAGCCGACUACCCCAUCAACCUGGCCGCCAUCAAGAUGCAGACCAAAGUCGUCGAGAGGAUCGCCAAGGAGUCCCUGCUGCAGCUCCUCGCAGACAUCAUCCCAGGCCUGCUGCAGGGCUACGACAAUACGGAAAGCAGCGUGCGCAAGGCCAGCGUGUUCUGCCUGGUGGCGAUCUACUCUGUGAUCGGGGAGGAGCUGAAACCUCACCUGGCGCAGCUCACGGGGAGCAAGAUGAAGCUGCUCAACUUGUACAUAAAGAGGGCGCAGACCACCAACAGCAACAGCAGCUCCUCGUCCGACGUCUCGACCCACAGCUAAUGCAACGCCAGAAUCUCCGUGUAGCCCUGGAAGCAAUCGGUGGUGCCUCAGAGACCUCCCCGCCAUCCCCCCACCCCCGUCGGCUGCCCAGUCAGAAUCAGGAGGCCCGCAAAUAUUUAUUACAAUCAGUAUUUUGAUCCCUUCCAGCUUUUGUGUAGAAUCAUACUGGUAUUGAAUGUAAGGGAAGCAAGGCCUGUGUUUCAUCUUCCUACAGAACAAAACAAAAGGAGUGAGAGAAGAGCCGUCCUCAGACCGCCUGGCCCAGCCACUGAGGCUGUGAAACCGCGUGUGGGGUGCAGUUCUUAAAAGUCAGAGCUCGCUAGCCGAUACAUGGUAGAAAGUAGCAUUUUCUCUUCAGUUAAUAACAGGUUUGAGGAGGUUGUAUUGAGUUGUGUUUCUCUUUCAUCCUGGCUCCCUUCCCUCUGGAUCUGGCCUGUGUGGGGCAGAGCCCACGCCCUUCACAACUGAUACCACGAAAGGGUUUUAUAUGUUUUAGGUUGCAUUUUGAGACUACUAAGAAUAUGAAUCAAGUCUUGGCAAGAAAUGGGAAAGAAGCCUGAAGAUGGCCUUGUAAAGAGCAUGUGAUAUUUUGCUUACACUCUGCAGCCUGGGGGCUGGCACCCUUUACUGCCUCCUUCCAGGAUGGGCUCCCGGCUCCUCCAAACAGCCCCGCUGACGCCACCCCUGCUCCAGAGCUGCUGGGGCAGAGAUCUGUGAUGACAGUUGAGAUCCAGGCACAGAAAUCAAGGUAAAUCGAUAGCCUCAGUUAGCAUGUGCUUGAAGUGGGCCUUCACGCAGCAUUGAAAACACAAGAGGAGCUGCUGGUUUUGCUGCUGAGAUCUGGGAAAUGCCGUGGAACACACCGUCCCUGGAGGCUCAAGUCUAGUCUGGCCUCCUUUCCGCAAGCUGCGCCCAGGCUGCUUGAUUCCAGUGUUCUGUCCUGACAGUUGGCAACUCUGCCAUCUCCGUUUUUACUUCUUUGUUUAAUUUGGGAUUGAGAUCAAAGAAAAACCUAGAGAGACCAGGUUAUCAGGAUCAUUUUUUAAAAUUUUGUGAAGUACUUCCUCGAUCAUCUGUUGAAAUAAUCAUGGUUUAAGGAAAAAGUAAUUAUGAUGUGCAGCAAAUUGCAGAAAAACAGGAUUUGAACCAGUUUAGAGUCUAUUUUUCCUUCAGUGAGAAACUUACCCCUUAAAAUGUUUUCUUGAGCGUUUCAUUGCUUCAGUAAAAGUAACUACAGAUCUCAAGUCUGUGUAACUAAGUUUCGAGUAAAAUUCUUCAAACCAAAUGGAAAUUCUUUUUGCAAUCAUGGAAACAUUUUAGACUCUCUAAACUGAACUGGUUUUUCCAUAUUUCCUUAUGGAAAUUUGUUCCGUUCUUUUCCCCAUGCCUGUUCUGAUGUUAAUUUUUAAUGAGGUGUUUGCUGCUCAGGUGCAGAAUCUCGGCAACUGCCAGGUUGUAUGGGUCCCACCUCUGAGCUCCGCAGACCCUCUAGCCUUGACGUUGGAAGUCCUGAAAGACACUGUAGCAGAACGCAACUUGUUUUCAUUCAGAAUUUAUUUUAGAUACUUUAUUUGGAAAUAGGCACUGAAAAUGGAGGUCCAGGAGCAGUGAGGCUGGGGUGCCUUCACUGCGUGUGUGUGUGUCUGUGUGGGUGUGUGUGGGUGUGUGUGUGGGUGUGUGUGGGUGUGUGUAGGGGGUAUCCUGCACGUGUAGGAGGUGCCCUGCUGCUGCUGUUGAGAGAACUUCAGGGGUGUGUUUUAAGUGAUCAAACAUAGUUGACUCUUUUGGCUCAAAACAUAGCAGGACCAGGCCUUACUUUCAUUGAUAAAUACCGUUUGUUCAUAUGUCGCUUUCGGGGUCUCUUUCUUACCCCCUACAAACAAGUCCAAGUGUCUGAUGACUCUUCUGGGGCAGAAACUGUCUUUUUUCCUGCCUAGUGUGUGUAGAAAGGCCUUUCUCCUUCAGCUCGUGGACACCCAGGUUGCUGUGGCCCCCUACCCCGGAGUCGGGAAGGACCUUGAGCAUGGCCGCGUGUCCUCCUGGCGCUCACAAAGGGCUCGCCUUGAAUGUCACUUGCCCAACCUCGGUCUCCCAACCCAGAGGGAGCCGCCACCCCCAGGUCUCUGGGCCUCCUGGGAGGAGACUCGCAUGCAGCCACAACCUCAGGGGGCCACCCCCUCCAACCGACAGCUGCAACUGCCCUGCCUGGCCGCCGCCUCCCUGCAGGCCUCCUGUCUGGAUGAAACAGCAGAACACAGCGAGCAAAGCGCCCAAAACUCCGUCUGCCUCCCCCGUUCGCCUGACUGCCCGGGGCCCUGAGAAGCCCGCCGAUGCCACCACUGGGCCGGGGCGCCGGGCUCCUGCUUCCCCUCGCGCUGUGGCCGGGGGAGGCUCCGCCUUCCCAGGGCGCCGUGGCCACAGGCGCCUGCCACAGCCCCACUAGCUUCUCGGUCAUGCAGGCAGCGCAGCUGCGCCUGAUCUGUCUCCUCAAUCUUUUUCUUUCCCUGCCGCCCUUUAUUUAUCAAGCAUAAUAUUACACAGUAAAGAAGAGCAAAUAAGAACUUUGUAGAACCUCACCCAGACUUUGCUAACGAUGAUAUUUGAAAAUGAGAACAACGCUCUGAAAAACAUCCACCACCAAAAUAGUUUUGUUGGCACUGUUCACACGCAUGGUCCCCCACAUCCCCAGGUUGGGUUUUUGUUUGUUGGUUUUGGUUUUUUUAGGGGCUUUUUCAUGUUACAUCCAUAUCUGUAUUUAUAUCUUAUUUGUUUCACUUUCAAGUGUAUCAUGGCAAAUGUACAGAUUUUCUUUUUUUGUUAAUAAUGUGCUAGGAUUUGCUAAAAAAGGAAACACAAAAACCCUUUUGAGUUUGCCCUAGAAUAAAUGAGACUUAAUUCAA